AUGUCCCCAUAUCGAUUGGUGUAUGGGAAGGCGUGUCAUUUGCCGGUAGAGCUUGAACACAAAGCUUUUUGGGCUAUAAAGAAGCUGAACUUUGAUCUCCAAGCUGCUGGAGAAGCCCGCUUGUUGCAAUUAAAUGAGCUUGAAGAGAUGAGGUUUUUCUCCUAUGAAAAUGCCAAGUUGUACAAGGAGAAAACUAAGAGAUGGCAUGAUAAGAGAAUUCAACACCGAGUAUUUGAAGAAGGGCAGCAAGUUUUGUUAUUCAAUUCAAGGCUGAAGUUGUUUCCAGGAAAGUUAAAGUCUCGUUGGUCGGGACCAUUCACCAUUGUCAAGGUGUAUCCUUUUGGAGCUGUGGAUAUCAAGAAUGAACAGUCCGGAAGAGUAUUUAAAGUGAAUGGGCAGCGACUUAAACACUACAUCGGAGGGGAGGUUGAUCGAGCAAAGACCUCCAUCACAUUGGAAGAGGCUUGA